AACUAUACCACUCAUUUGCACCUAAUUAACCAACUCCAUCCAUCAUGUCCUUUACAAGUUACUUUUUUUCCUAAGGGUAGAAAAAGGAAAUGGGAAAACAUAAUGGUGGGAACAAAUAACAUCCUAAUCCCCCAAUUUCCACUGAUUCAUCCAUUGAAACAAGCAUCCAAAUUAGUAAACACUCCUUACCAAAAAUUCUUUUGUCCAUCAAUCAACAACCAAACUUCUGAAUGAUUUUUUCUAUAUACUAAUUCUAUGCCAAUAAAUAGUACACCUGAAUUUCAGGGGUUAACAAAUGUCAGCUACAAAACUACAUUAGAAGAUAUUGAUCAACUAUCAUGUGCAUCUCUUGAUAACACAAGCCAGAUGUGUCACUUCGAGCCAUUGUUUUCUCUCAAGUAAUUCCAAGCAAGCCACAACAAGAACAUCAAUAGAAGAACACCUCUUUCAUUAAAUACCAAGGCAGCCAAGCAUCCUGAUUUACUGAAAGAAACAAGUAGCGAAUAUUGUUUCUUUCAUUCUAACAGGAUGCUUGGUUUCCUUAGUAUUAUUGAUUGAAGAGGUAAUUGGCUUGGGUAGUUGGCUCAGUAGGCCAACCCCUCUCCAAAGUUCAGAGAGUAUCAUUUCAAGGAAAUUUGGAGGGAAAUAUUUGAGGACAGGGUUGAUAGCUUUUUCGGUCCUUUUGCUAUGUGAAAGUUAAAACAUGAGCCCUAAUCAAGAGUUUCAAACAUUUCAAUUCUUCUAUUCAUGGACUUUUAGGUUCUAUAUCAAUUUCUUGUUGUAAGCUUACACGUUAAUUUCUAAUGUUAAACUAUUAUGGUCUCUUCUCUAUUUGCAGUAAUUUAUAACUUGAUCAAGUCAACGUUCCUUCUCUUGUUGAGAAGAGGCAUAUGUGAAGACAUCAAGUGAUCUAAAUAACUAUUAGUUGUUUCUCAUAUUCAACUAAUUGAGAUAUCUCACAUCCAACGAGGAACGAAAUUCACUAUUUCCAUCGAGUUUUAACAGUGCUUGAUAACUUCAAUCAGGAAAAGUUUCAUAUGCGCAAGCAUGAAUUACAAUUAUCAAUCCAUUCAAAAUAAGGAUUCGUUUCCCCUUAAAAAAAACUGAUCCAAUGCCAACAAGAUCUCAAAUGACACAUAGAAACAUGGAUUUUUUGUCCAAACAAUGGAAAUAUUUUCCCCUUUCCUUUCACAUUAGGUUUUCCUAGUCAUCAUCAAGUAAAAUGGACUUAGUAUUCAAAUUCUUGUAUGAAUUCUAGUCCGACAAAGAUUGCUUCGACAUAUAGGCACCAAAGUAGGACACUUAUUAUAAUGGUGCGAUCCAACAUUAGCUUUGUGAAGAAUUCACAUACUGUUAUCAAUAUCAAUAAUUUGCAUUGUCCCUUUUCCUGUAGCGAGUAAAUGGAGCAUCCACUCAGGCGACAAUCAUAUCAAAUCACACACACCAUCUCCAUCCCCACCAAUUAAAACCACGAGCAUUGAAGAAAAGACCAAUACCAUAAAGCUUCUACAGUAUUAUAGUGCACGCACCAAAGAGGGUCAAUAGCUGCAAUUGUAGUGGGCAAAGUGGGGUGCGGCUGAACUUCUUUUCCCACCAACCUCUUUGAACAUCCUGUCACUCACAAUACCAAUUCUUUAGUGCCCAAUCUCCACUCACCACUCUCCAUUAGUAGCACACAUACACAAACAGGAGAGUAGUAAAAUGGAACAAAGCGCUCCCAAGCCCAUCUUCCUCAUCUACUGCUACAUAUGCAGCUUUCUUCUGGUUCUGCUGCUGACAACGAACAACAAGGCGCUUGCAGCUUCACCUCCGAUACCAUCAUCCUCAUCAUCAUCAUCACUAGUUUGCAAGGUCGGUACUAAUGACAAUAAUUCCAUGGCGGCAGAGUGUCAAGUGGAGGCGGAAGAAUCGUUAUUAGAGAUGCUAAUUACUACCGGUACUGAUGAUGAUGAUGAUGAUGAUGAAGUGAGAGAUCAUGGGAUGAGAAGAAGGUUUGCGCAGGAGAGGGAGACGCAGAGGUACAUAACACCAGGAGCAUUGAAGAAAGACAAGCCUGUGUGCAAUGGAGGCACCAGUGGAGAGGCUUACAGCAGCAGCUGCUUGCCCCCUCCUUCCAACCCACAUACCCGUGGCUGUUUCAAAUACUACCGCUGUCGCUCUGAUUCUUAAAUCACUACCUUUAAUCCUCAUGUAUGUGUAUCGCUGGCAUGUAAUUAAGCCAGAGAAUCUGAUUGAUAUUAUAUGAAUGACUGUGUUUGUCUCAAUUCUGCAUUGGUUCAAAGUUCAAACAUUAGGGGCAUCAACUAUUACAAAGCAUGAACCGAGCAAAUUGCAGCAGGCUUUUCUAGAUGUCAACUCAGGGAAAGGAAAAUUACUCCAGUGACCUAGUUGCAACUAUACAAGUUCUAGCCACUAUUCUGCAAUAAAAUUGUUCCCGUCUAGUGUACAGAAUGAGCCAUAAAAUUGGAAAGACCAUACCUCGUCUAAUUCCAGCACCAUAUGUCACCAUUGUGGAUGAUAUUAAAUUGCAUAGAAGGGC